GGGAGUGCAACACAAAUCCUAUUUGAAGGAUUUGUAUCCCUUCCUCGUCUUCUUCCGCUCUUCCCUAACCCGGUCUUCCGCUCUUCACACCAAAACCCUAACCCCCUCCGUCUUCCGGCGCACAUCCUCUUAUUAGCUAAAAAUGAUGAAAAUAAAGACCCCGACGAAGAAAAGAAUCAAGAGAGAGCUUGAUAAACGUGCACCUAAAAUCGUCGAAGAUGGGAAGAAAACUUUAAUACUUCACGGUUCAAAAACUAACCACGUAUUGAAUGCUUUACUCACCGAGAUUUAUCACCUUAAGAGGGAUAAUUCGGUUAAGUAUAGCAGGAAGAACGGGAAUAUCAGGCCUUUUGAAAGUGGGGGUGAAACAUCAUUGGAGUUUUUUCUUCAAAAAUCUGAUUGCAGCAUUUUUGUGUUUGGGACUCACUCAAAGAAGCGACCUAAUAAUCUUGUAAUUGGAAGAGGGUACGACCACCACAUUUAUGAUCUUGUUGAGGUGGGUGUGGAGAACUUCAAAAGCAUGGAUUCUUUCUCAUAUGAUAAAAAACUGGCUCCUAAAAUUGGAUCAAAACCUUUCUUUGCUUUCAUUGGAGAAGGAUUUGAGAGUGUUGAAGAGCUGAAGCAUUUGAAAGAAGUUUUACUUGAUUUAUUUAAUGGGGAGGUCGUGACAAAUUUGAAUCUAUCUGGAUUGGAUCGUGUUUAUGUAUGCACAGCUUUGUCAUCAAACAAGGUCUUCUUAACUCAUUGUGCAUUACGUCUUAAAAAAUCUGGCACCAUUGUGCCAAGGGUAGAACUAGUUGAGGUUGGUCCGUCAAUGGAUUUGGUGCUUCGAAGGCAUCGCAUGCCUGAUGAGAGAUUGAAGAAAGAGGCUAUGAAAACUGCUCCUGGGAAAGCAAAGAAGAAGGAGAAAAAUGUCUCCAAAGAUACUAUUCAAGGGAAAAUUGGGAAGAUUUAUAUUCCUGAUCAGGAGAUUGGGAGUGUGCCACUGCCUAACAAAGCUAGAGGAGUUAAGAGAGAACGCCGUGAAGCUAAGAUGAAGAAGGGAACAAACCAGUCCGAUGAAAAGAAACAGAAGCUUUGAUCCAAGUGAUCUUUGUUUUGCCUGUAGGCUAUGUUGCUAUUUUUUAUUAGGUCAAUGCAAUUCUAGUUUCACAUUUUUCUUGCACUUGUGUUUGUGAGCUGUUUUACUAAUCCAAGUUUUGGUAUAGUGUAUGGGUAUGUGAUGGUUUUACUACUUCACGUUUCAUCCAGAUGGUCUGUAACCCAACAUAUUGUGUAUGAAAAAAGCCAUCUGUAUUCCAAGUUCAUUGUGUGCAAGGGAGAGAAGUUAUGGGAUCAAGUCUCCAUAGCAUAUUGAUGGAACAUUUGAUGUUUUGUGAGCUCUCACUUUGCAAUGGUAAUUAAUUGGUAGCCUCUAAUCCUCUAUCUCGUGUAAUCCAUAAAGCCUUCAUAUUAUAUUGACAAUUCAGAAUACAUGUCUGUAUAUCCUUUUACCCAAGACAUAGCAAACUCAUGCCAUGCCAUCCAUCAAUCCAACAUGUACAACAUGGAUACUACAUUUUGGCAUAACAUUGUGGCGGGUUGAGCAAAACUUGCUUUCUUUUUCCUCUCCAUAUGUGCAGGUAUAUUUGCCUAUAAAAUCAAGGAGAUUAUGUCUGAUAUGGUCUGGUAAAUAUGGCCAGGUGUUGGGUUUAUGUCUUGCUAAGCAAAAAGGCAAACUGGAAAUGUAGGUCACAAGACAUGUAUGAUUAGAGCACAAUAUUCCCAGAUAUUGUGGUACUUUAUCUUGAAUUAAACCUUACUGAAACGAGGGCAAAUAUGGAUUAGUUCUGACUUGAUUUUGAUUCCCUGUUGAUUAACAGUCCAUACAUGAGUUGCCGAG